AUGGACAAAUUACUCGUAUUUACCGUGUUGUGUUGCGCCUGUGUCACGAUGGCCGAUUAUUCAAUUUACUACCCGACCAAUUAUGAGAGAACAAAUUUAGGCGACAACAUCGAUUCAUCUACGAUGUUGGUUCUCAAGGCGACUUAUGAGAACGAAGAAGAAAAAAACAUAGUGUCGUCGCCCCUGAGCGUGAUGAUGUUGCUCUCCUUGUAUAACUUGGGGACCGGACCUGAUGCUAAAGAGGAAAUCAGAAAAUUUUUGGGAGAAUCAGAAGAAAGAAAUGCAUCACACUCAUUCCAAGAAUUAAACACGCAGUUCUCCAAGAUUGAUCCUGACCAACUGACGGUUGCAGAAAUAAUUACCGUGUCAGACCUGUACACUCUGGACGAGAAUUUUGCAGCAACUGCCCGGGAUUACCGCUGCGAGCUCGAAACUCUUAACUUCCGUAAACCUGAGGAAGCUGCUGCUGAAAUUAAUAAAUGGGCCGGUGAGAAGACGAAAGGUCACAUCAAGGACCCAGUCAGCAAAGACACAUUAACGGAAGACACAGUAGUAGCUCUCUUCAACGUUAUUUACUUCGCUGGUCACUGGCAUGUUCCGUUCAAAGCAGAAGAGACGAAGGAGAAAGACUUUCAUGUGAGCCGCGACAGUGUCGUUAAAAAACCAAUGAUGCAUCUACUACAAUCUCUGUACUAUUACGAUAGCGAACGUCUUGGAGCUAAGUUGAUCGAGCUGCCUUACAAAGAAAAAGGUUUCCGCAUGAUAGUGGUACUCCCAAACGAAGUGGACGGUCUAUCGUCGGUGGUGGAGAAGGCGGCUAAUCAGGGACUCCUAUCGGCAGUGUUCAAUCUAAGACCCUCCGGUUGUGACGUGGACCUCGACAUGCCCAAAUUUGACAUUAGAUCUAAAAUUGACUUUAAUAAAAUUUUACCAAAGGUCGGCGUGAGCGAAUUAUUCAAUGAGGGUGCCGAAGGUAUUGUAAAGGAGGCUGCAGUGAAAGUGUCUAAAGUAUUCCAGGAAGCUUUCAUCAAAGUAGACGAAGAGGGCGCCACUGCAGGAGCAUUCACUGGUGCAGUUGCAAUUCCUAUGUCUUCGUGGUCAGAACCACCACCACCGAUAAAGUUCACAGUGGACCAUCCGUUCCUGUACGCGAUCAUGUACGAAGACAAAAUCCUGUUUGCUGGCACAUAUUCUGAAUAA